AACCUGGUGUGACCACAGACAGCAGACCAGGGAAAAGUAGAAGGAGUCCACUGCAGACUCUCUACAAUGGAGACCAGCAGCUGGAGCUGCUGGCGGCUCAGAGGUCGCUACAAGGUCGCAGGGAGCUGCUGGAGCAGGCGUGUCUGAGCCACACCAGGAAGCGCCAAGUGCUUUCCCCCGAGGACCUCAAACACCUCAUUGUGGAUGAUAAACACAGCCUCAUCUACUGCUACGUACCCAAGGUAGCCUGCACCAAUUGGAAGCGAGUCCUGAUGGUCCUAACCAGUGACGGCCGCUACACGGACCCCCUCUCCAUCCCUGCCAACGAGGCCCAUGUGGCGGGGAACCUCCGCACGCUCUCCGAGUUCUCCGUCCCCGAGAUCAACCGACGCCUCCGCAGCUACCUCAAGUUUAUCUUUGUGCGGGACCCCUUCGAGCGCCUGGUGUCGGCGUACCGCAACAAGUUCACUCGGAGCUACAACACGGCGUUCCACCGGCGCUACGGAACCAAGAUCAUCCGCCGGCACCGGCCUGAACCGGAUCCAGAGGAGAUUGAGAAAGGAAAUAACGUUUUAUUCCACGAGUUUGUCCAGUACCUCGUGGACCCCCGGACCCAGCGGGAGGAACCCUUUAACGAGCACUGGGAGCGGGUGCACUCGCUCUGCCACCCCUGCCUCAUCCACUACGACGUGGUGGGGAAGUACGAGACCCUGGAGCCUGACGCCCAGGCCGUGCUCAGCCUGGCCGGGGUGGAGGGAACGCUUCAGUUUCCCACGUCUGGGAAAAGCACCAGGACUGAUGGCAACAUGGCCGCACGCUACUUCAAGCACAUCAGCCCUUUCUACCAGAAGAAACUGUUCAACCUGUAUCGCAUGGACUUCCUGCUCUUCAACUACUCCACACCAGAGUACCUCAGGAUUUGAUGAGGGGGGGGGAUGAGAGCGUUGACAUCAGUCUGAUGGUUUUCCCUUCAGAGUUUCAGUUUGUGAUGAUCAUGUUGCACGUUUCGGUUGCCAUCUCUGCCCAGAGUAGUCCAUCACACGCUCUGGCUUGUCACUAAGACCCUCGGAAAGAAACAGCUGUGGAGAAAGACUCUGGUUUGGAACCAAAAGCAAAUGGAACCAAAAGACAGUUUGCCAAGCAUCUGUAACACUUGUCAUUUUGCUUUCUAGUGUGAAAGAGUGUAUUGUUCUGACGUUAAGCAGAACAAAGGGCAGACUGGAUCUUCCCAAAAUGUGUUAGAACUAUUCCAGGUGACACAAACAAGUCCUUUCUGAUGGGGAGGGGGGGGGCUUUAGGUUAAUUUAGAACCCAAUAUUUAUUUUGUAUUCAGUUCCUUGUGUUUCUCGCCUAGAAAUUGCUUCAUCAAAUUGAACAAACUUUUAUUUGACUUGUAUCUUUGUCUUCCUUCACCUGUGGAUGUGAGAUUUGAGAAUUCUGCCCCACCAGCACGCCCGGUGCCCACUACAGUGAAAUAUAUCCCGUGGCUUAUUCUUCUGAGAACCAAUGAGCCAUAAAUCAAAGUGACACUGUGGGAGGAGCAGGUUCUCCUCUGGUCGGGUGAAUGUGCUGACUGUGAACCUGAAUACAGCAGAUUCAUUCAAAGCAGUAGAAUAUCUCUGGAUGCCUUUUAUUUAUGUAUGUUGGUGCAUACAAGUAUUUAUUAUGUGUGUCAGUAAGGGCCUGUGAUAAAUUUAUUUGAUAUGAAAGAAGGGAUUCCUUUCUGCAUGGAAAGUUACUUGCUGUUUUUGCUUUUGCACAUGCCAAACAGAAAUCUUCCAGACAAUUCAAAAAGUGUCAUGUUGUUCUCCUCUGUGAGGUUCAACUCCAAAUCUAAAGCCAUUGCCUGGGCUAUCUAACAUGUGACACACAAUCGGGGACUCUAUCUUGAAAGUACAUCUGAAUCAUUUCCAGGAAAGCAGCCGUCUCUCCUUGAUUCCAGUCAAAGUGUGUUGCCAUCCCUCCUCUAUCACUGUCUGUAUUUACCUGUGGGCAGGUAGGCUGAACAAACAGCCACAUAGCUGUGGUGGGGCAGGGUCUGGCUCAGCGCGGCUCCUCUCAGAGCACCCCUUGUUAGCUCGUCCAGGGGUUAGGCCUCUCCACUGCAGGUUCUUGUUCAGCAGAGUGACAGAAUUGACAUUGGGGAGAACACAGAGGCUCGUGUAGGAAAAUGUUUAUUAAUGGCCUCUUCUGGGGAAUAUCAGUAAGUUGUCCCUUUUCAUACAGCCUUCAAAGAGGGGAUGUUAAACUUCAAAGUCAGCUCAUGGGGUGUUCUACUGCGUAUAGCCAUGUUUUGACAAGACAGAAAAAUGCAUGGAAUUUAAAAAAACGACAUCUUUACGAGUCUUUUUUAAAGUGACACGGUGUUAAAGGAGGGAAAUGGGUGGAAGCCCAUAAUAAUCUAUGUUGAAACUAGGAGUUAAAUCAUCUCCAAUGACCUGAUUUUAAUUGAAAAAGUUUAAUCUAUUGCAAUUUAAAAAGAUAUAUUUUU